CAGCGAGGCCAUCUCGAGCCUAUCGAAACCACGACCUUUCUUCCUUGUGAUCCAAAAACAAAGAAAACCCUACCCGUCCUUCUAACCCCUUUUCAUUCUUCUGCAAUUCCGGCGAACGAGCUUCAAAUCUGCAUCGGUGUUUUCCAUGGAGAGGAUCGUCGGGGAAAAGUACAAGCUAGGUCGCAAAAUCGGCAGCGGAUCCUUCGGUGAAAUCUUUCUAGCUACUCACGUCGACACUCAUGAAAUCGUUGCUGUCAAAAUGGAGAAUAGGCAGACUAAGCAUCCACAAUUACUUUAUGAGGCCAAGCUAUAUAAUUAUCUCCAAGGGAUAGUUGGUGUUGCUCGCAUCCAUUGGUCUGGAGUUGAUAUUCAGGAUAAUGUUCUUGUCCUUGACCUUUUAGGGCCCAGUCUUGAGGAUCUGUUUGUUUAUUGCGGACGGAAGUUUUCGUUGAAAACAGUUUUGAUGUUAGCUGAUCAAAUGCUUACAAGAAUAGAACUCAUGCAUGCUAAAGGGUUUCUGCAUAGAGACUUAAAACCAGAUAAUUUUCUGAUGGGUCUAGGCAGGAAAGCAAAUCAGGUCUAUGUCAUUGAUUUUGGACUUGCUAAAAGAUACCGUGAUCCCGCUACAAAUUCUCAUAUUCCUUACAAAGAGAACAAAAACUUGACAGGGACUGCACGCUAUGCUAGCUGUAAUACUCAUUUGGGAAUUGAACAAGGUCGGCGUGAUGACUUGGAGUCUCUUGGCUAUGUUUUAUUAUACUUCUUGAGAGGAAGUCUGCCAUGGCAGGGUCUAAAAGGUGCUACAAAGAAGCAAAAAUAUGACAAAAUACGUGAGAAGAAGGUAUCGACUCCCAUUGAGGUGUUAUGUAAGUCUCAUCAUGUGGAGUUUGCAUCUUACUUCCAAUACUGUCGAUCUUUGACAUUUGAACAAAGACCUGAUUAUGGAUUCUUGAAGCGCCUUUUCCGUGAUUUGUUUACCCGCGAAGGAUAUGAUUUUGAUUAUGUGUUUGAUUGGACAAUCUUGAAACACCAGAAGUCGGAAAAUACAAAGCUACAACAUCAUUCAACUAGUCGACCAGUUGCCGGAACGAUCAACCGAGCAAUGCCGGUACAUUCAAAUAAGCGUCAAGGGGGUAAUGAUGAUUCUUACCAAGUUGGAGCAACGGAACGAAGAAAUCUGGCUCAUCGUCCUGACACGCAAAGUAAAUCAAGACCACCAUACGAUCUUAAUGAUAAUAAUUCACAUGGAAAACAAAUGAUAAGUAGUGCACCAAAGGCGCCUACCUCAUUCUCUAUGGGUGGCACCUUCAAAGUCAAACCAGAUGACGAUGGCGUUGGUAGAAAAGCAUCUUCAAGUAGUUGGAUGCGGUCGUUACACCGUAUUUCUUCAGCCAAAUAAUUGGAAACUGAUAGCAAUUUAAUCACUAAGUAGUUUGAUUAUUAUUACAACAUUAUGGAGAAAGGAUUUACCAGCAUCCUCAAAACAUUUGUGAUUGUUUCAAUGCUUCUGCUCAGGAUGAUCCCUCAUGUAAUAUCUUAAGGUGAUUACAACGCACAACAUGUUCGAGGGUGCUUAAGUUUUGUUUUCCAGUUAAGGUUUGAUUGUUACAUGGAUAAUGUUGUAUAUCCUUUUACAAUUCUUUCUACUUAUAAUAGAUUUAUAUGCUUCUCUUUUGUAUUUGUUGUCUGGUUGUGUCAGGACCAACUUUCUUUCUUUCUUUCUAUGUUACAUUGUAAUAUACAUAUAGGGACACUCUAUACAGAAAAUAUUUUGAGUAGAGAACCACGAGAACUACAUUAACACUUUACAUUUUGCUUUAACUUUGAUGCAUGCGGUGGUUAUGUACUUAUGUAACCGCUUGCCUCGUUCUUUUUACAACUCUCGUUAUAAAGCACUGCGUACAAGUGUGUUAUGCAGUUGUCAUGGUUCUCUACUUACAAUUGGUUCUGUAUGGAAGACGCCCCUAUACAUGUGUAUACUUUAAAUCAGAGUUUGUUGAUGUUUAUUAUCUCAGUUUUAACAUAGGUACCAAGAGUUCUUCACAAUUUGUUUGCCAUGAUGACCUGAUUCAGGUUCUUGUAUGCAUGGACCAGCACUGGACUCUGAUUCUUUGUGCUAAUGCAUUACGCGAUUGGAUCCAUUCAUUUGGGAGGCUCUAAGUGGCGUAUAUGGAGGAGUUGGGUCAAUUUUGGAAAUUGGUUCUUGAAGAUUGACCACAGCUGCCGCUACUCCUGACAACCAAGAGAUCAUCAGUAGUCUCUGGCAUAUGCCCGCUUAAACGCAGCUAGUUUGCGUACUUGAAGUUGAUUCACUCGGUCUGAUUUGUGUGAUUUUCGACUGACUCAAGGAAAUGGAAUGGAAGUCGAAGUUCUCUUGAAUGUGCUUCUUUAGUGAAGACCAAAAAGGUAUUAUAUAUGUUGAAUAAGUUGUUUACUUUAAGGAUGCUUUUGUAUACAUCUUUAAACAAGACAACUACUUCAAUAGUCUGCUUUCAAGCUAUAUAAGAUGUGAUGUUGCAUUUUUCUAUUAAGCAUGAGGCGCUGAUUUCUGAUUUCAACUCAAAAGAUCACUGGUGCUUGUGUUGACUUUUGAAAUAAGCUGGAAUGCUGAGAAGACUUUCCAUCUACGUCGUCAUAAUAAUGCAUAUGAGAUGGCCUUGGCCCUGGGUCAUUUGUAACUUCGUAGGGUUUUACUGUCCUAUUUAUAUCGCGUUUAUGUUUUGCUUGCAUUAUGAACACAAAAUAUACACGACCCUUGAGGUUCUUAAUCUU